ACGUCACCAUGUCCGGCUACAGGCACCAUUGAGCUAGUCCGAGUGCGGUCGUGGUCAAAAGUCCGGUAAAGCCACAGUGCGUUUUGUGCUUUUUUGCGAUAUGACGGCCGUAGCCGAUAGGAACGCGAGCCCAUGUGACGGACGUUGGAUUUUAAUCGUACCACUUUAACGAAAAUGGAGAGAUGUUGUUUUAAUUACUUGAUAAAAAAGGUUGGCAGCCGCCCACGAGGCGGCGGCACUCCAGGCCGAACAGGGCGGCUACGCGGCGGGCGGCAGGAAGUUCGCGGGGGCCAGCUUCUUGAGCAGGGCGGCGGGCGGCUCGUCAGCUGACGCGAUGGGCGGCCAGCAGGCCCCCCACCCCGGCGGCUCCUCGUCGCUCUUCCUCUUCUCCGAGGAGAACGUCGUCAGGAGAUACACCAGGUUCAUCAUCGAGUGGCCUCCCUUCGAAUACGCUGUUCUUUCGACAAUCAUUGCUAACUGUGUGGUCUUAGCACUGGAGGAGCACUUACCUUGUGCAGACAAAACCAUGUUAGCUCAAAAAUUAGAAAAAACGGAAGUCUACUUCCUGGGAAUCUUUUGCGUGGAGGCUUCCCUAAAAAUUCUAGCUCUAGGGUUUGUCCUGCAUCGGGGCUCCUACCUCAGGAAUAUCUGGAACAUCAUGGAUUUCUUUGUGGUACUUACAGGUGUUUUUUUCGUAGCUCGGCUAGAGGCUAGUUUUGUUUCUAGGUUUCUCACCCUGUUCCCGCAAGAUUUCAUAGCCGUGGACCUCCGCACCUUGCGAGCUAUCCGAGUACUUAGACCUUUGAAGCUAGUCUCUGGCAUCCCUAGUUUACAAGUGGUGCUGAAGUCCAUCAUAAAAGCAAUGGCCCCAUUGCUCCAAAUAGGUUUAUUAGUAUUGUUUGCCAUUGUGAUAUUCGCCAUUAUAGGGCUGGAAUUUUACUCGGGAGCACUACAUAGAACGUGCUAUAGUUUGUACGACAUAGAUCAAAUAGUAAAAGAGAACGAGGAAGAAGUGCCCUGCAAUACCGAUAACGAAACGGAAGCCAAAUCGCAAGGCAGCAAUUGGUGUAGGGACGGAAACAGCGUCUGUUUGGAACGAUGGCAGGGACCCAACAACGGCAUCACGUCGUUCGACAAUAUCGGAUUUGCCAUGCUCACAGUCUUCCAAUGCAUCACCAUGGAAGGCUGGACAUCAAUUCUAUAUUGGAUGAACGAUGCUGUAGGCAGUUACUACAACUGGAUGUACUUCGUGCCUCUAAUAGUUCUUGGUUCAUUUUUUAUGUUAAAUUUAGUUCUUGGUGUUCUCAGCGGAGAGUUUGCUAAAGAAAGAGAAAAAGUAGAAAACAGACAGGAAUUUCUAAAAUUAAGAAGAGCAGCACAACUAGAACGAGAACUCAAUGGUUAUGUGCAGUGGAUAUGUAAAGCAGAGGAAGUAAUCUUGGCUGAGGAGCGAACAACGGAAGAAGAAAAGAUGCACAUAAUGGAAGCGAGAAGAAGAGCAGCCAAAAAGAAGAAAUUAAAGAAAAUCGGUAAAAGUAAAAGCACAGACACGGAAGAAGAACAAGAAGAAGAGGAUGUGGCUGAUGAUGUGUUUCUUACAGAAUCUAACAAAAAGCUAAAAGGCUUCGGCCGGUCCGGCUACAUGAAGUCGAGGACGAAAGGUCAGGGUGGCUGCGCGCGGUUCUGGCGUGCGGAGAAGCGGUUCCGCUUCACGAUACGGCACAUCGUCAAGAGCCAGUGGUUCUACUGGGGCGUCAUCAUGCUGGUGUUCUUCAAUACGUUCUGCGUGGCAGUGGAGUUCCACGGCCAGCCCAAGUGGUUGGACGAUUUUUUAUACUAUGCCGAAUAUGUGUUCCUGGGACUCUUCAUGUCGGAAAUGUUCAUCAAGAUGUACGCGCUAGGACCCAGGAUAUACUUCGAAUCGGCCUUCAAUCGCUUCGAUUGCGUAGUUAUUUCUGGGUCUAUUUUUGAGGUAAUUUGGAGCGCAGUCAAAGGAGGCUCUUUCGGCUUGUCAGUACUCAGAGCUUUAAGAUUACUUAGGAUAUUUAAGGUCACAAAAUACUGGUCAUCUCUUCGAAAUUUGGUUAUAUCGUUACUCAAUUCCAUGAGAUCUAUCAUUUCUCUGUUGUUCCUUCUGUUCUUGUUCAUUCUGAUAUUCGCCCUUCUGGGGAUGCAACUUUUUGGAGGACAAUUUAAUUUUGACGGUGGUACCCCUCCAGCAAACUUCAACACGUUUCCCAUUGCACUGUUAACUGUAUUUCAGAUACUGACUGGAGAAGACUGGAACGAAGUGAUGUACAACGGCAUCAACGCUCUAGGCGGGCCAAACAGUGGAGGCAUGGUUUAUUCUUUAUACUUUAUCAUUCUUAUGUUGUUCGGUAACUAUACGCUUCUGAACGUCUUCUUGGCCAUCGCCGUUGACAAUUUGGCCAAUGCCCAAGAACUCACUGCCGCCGAAGAAGAACAAGCAGAAGAAAACAAGGAGAAGCAAGCACUAGAGUUAGAAAAAGAAAUGGAAGCGCUCCAAAUGGAACACGGGAGCAAUCCCAGAGUGGAAGUUAGUUCGCCAAGUCCGCCUACCAGCAGAAGAAAAAAGAAAGAAGAGAAACCUCCAGAAGAAGAGGAAGAAAUAGUGGGACCCAAACCUAUGCUGCCAUACUCUAGCAUGUUUAUUCUUUCGUCUACAAAUCCAAUUCGUCGUGGUGCUCACUGGGUUGUGAACCUGCGUUACUUCGAUUUCUUCAUCAUGGUGGUGAUCUGCAUGAGUUCCGCGGCUCUAGCUGCCGAAGAUCCGGUCAACGAGCACUCGUUCAGGAACAACAUUCUGGAUAAGUUCGAUUACGCCUUCACCGGCGUGUUCGCGGUCGAAAUGUUCCUCAAAGUGAUCGAUCUGGGAGUGAUUCUUCACCCGGGGUCGUACUUGCGGGAGUUCUGGAAUAUCAUGGAUGCCGUGGUUGUAGUUUGUGCGCUGGUGUCGAUGGGGUUCGACUUUAUGGGCGGUGGAGGUGCCGCAGGGGCCAACUUGUCAACAAUCAAGUCGCUGCGAGUUCUUCGCGUACUUCGACCGCUCAAGACCAUCAAGCGAGUGCCCAAACUGAAAGCAGUGUUCGACUGUCUCGUGAACUCUCUAAAAAACGUGAUAAACAUUCUUAUAGUGUAUAUUUUGUUUCAAUUCAUCUUCGCCGUCAUUGCCGUUCAACUGUUCAACGGGAAGUUUUUUCAUUGUACCGAUGGAAGCAAAAUCACCGAGGCAACCUGUCA